AUGGCCAACUUUCCAUCGCCAAUCUUCUGCCUGCCACCGCCGUCGUCUCCACCUUGGUCCGGCGAAGCUGCUGAAGCAGAGGACAUUGUAGACGGCAAAAAGCUUUGUGCCCAAAACAGUCUCCUAAUUUCCCUUCCCGAUGAUCUGCUCUUGAAGAUCCUGUCGAACCUCUUGGCUCAAGACAUUUAUUACAGGGCAAGUCGUGUCUGCCGGAGAUUCUGGAGUUCCUGCAACGGCCUCAUCCUAGAGUACAAUUUUCCCGUUCCCUCGUCUGGCGUCCUCGUCGUCAAUCCCGUUACGGGAGGAGCCUUCCGACUCCCUCCGCUCCCCGAAAACGAAAAGUUUAUGCAGUGUUGCAUGGGGUACGCUGAGGCCUCCAAGGCUUACAAGGUGGCCUUGUCAUACUGUGAUGCUGCGGGAAGGGGCGCGAGGUGGGCCGUAUUGACAGUGGGUGUCGAUAGUUGGUGGAGGAAUCUUGCAACCAACCAAUAUUCAAUGGAGGCUGCAGUUAGACGACCGUUGGUGACAGAGGGUUUUAUUUAUUUCUUUUUCCAGAACACUGUCCUGACACUGAAUUUGGAGACCGAGGUUAUGAUGGAGAUGAGGGCACCAGAGCAUCCCAAGCGCAUGAAGCAGUACCUGUCAACUGGGAAGUCCCUCACUCUAGCGAUUCAAGUUGAGGAGUAUGUGUUUCAAGUUUGGGAGAUGGUGUGUGGGGAUUGUUAUUAUUAUUAUUAUUGGAGGAAAUGGGAAUGUCAGAUUGCAUUGGGAACUGAAAUCUAA